ACUUGAGCGAACUCCGCCGUGCAGCUUCCGGUUGCUAUGGUGACACGCUUUGGCCUGCUCUGAGCUCCAAAGCCUCGGGAUGCCGCAGGAGAUUUCCCCGCCGCCUUCCUCUGUCCCUCAGCUCCGCUCCUUCAACAGUCGUCAGCUCACUCCGGUCGUGUUUUGUAACCGGAGCCCCCGAGUCGUGCAGCCCAUCUGGGUGAACUUUCAGGGAGAGCCGCAGCCCUACCCGGUCCUUCCGCCCGGGACAGGACGGAGGAUCAACACCUACCUGGGCCAUAUUUGGUUGUUCCGUGAAGUUGACACCGAUGUGCCACUGUUGGUAAGCAAGAAGGAAAUCUACGUACCUUCCCCGAAUGUCAAUGGACAACCGGCGAUUGUGAACAUCUGCCUGCCAGGUAAAUGGAUUGCAGGCUCCCUCCAUCUCACAUCCUCCCCUCUGAUCGUUGACAUCCCCCCGCGGGUGCUGGAUGAACUCUGCCGCUGUAUUGACUGCCUGAUAGACUGGGAGUGGCUACGAUUUGCUUCCAACAUCAUGAGCGAUGAAACGACUGUGCAGAGAUUCGCGAUGAAGCGGCGAGCGGGGGACAACGCCACCAGGGAACUGCUUUGGAGUUGGGGACAGAAGCUGGCCACCGUGCAGGACCUGGAGGAGAUCCUGGAGAAGCUGGAACUCUACAGAGCCAUGGACGUCCUCCGGCAGAGCUGCCCGGUCUCCUCCAGGAACUCUCCAGGAUCGGAAAGACAAUCAGAUUUUGGUUCCGGGACAGAACAGAACUUGAUGAACAGUACCGCGGGGAUAGAGAAACCUCCAGUCUUUGCUCCGUCGCUGCCGCCACCGCCGCCCCCGCCAUCGGAACUUCUGAGGUCCUUGCAGAAUGACAACGAUCCGCUCUCCCUUACAGAUGAGGUCCUGAGUAUUCCGCAGCAGGAGAUCAGUCUGACGCCGGGCUCCUUCUGUCAGCAAUGGACUCCGCGGCAGCUGGAUGAAAUCACCGACAAUUUCAGCAUCGACAGGAAGACUUACUCCGGACAGUUUGCUGACAUCUAUGUGGGACAGAAGGCGGGCAGAACCUACGCCGUAAAGAGGAUAAAGGAGGUGGACGGGGAGCAGACGGACAGAUUGCAUUCCCUCUUCCAGACAGAAGCGCAGAUCACAUUCCGGUGUAACCACCAGAAUCUGCUGCCUCUGCUGGGGUUCUGCCUGGAGAGCGGACAUCGGUGCCUUGUCACACAGUUCAUGAAGAACGGCUCCUUGGACGAGGCCUUACAUGGGGAGCGGCCGCCGGUCCUGAGCUGGGAGAAGAGGCUGACGGUGGCUGCGGGUCUCCUGCAAGCUGUGCAUCACUUGCAUGCGGCCGACCUGUUCCACGGGAAUAUUAAGAGUUCCAAUGUGUUUCUGGAUGAAAAUUUCUCUCCCAGACUGGGCCACUCCGGAGCGCGAUUCUGCCCAGACGCCUCCGCCAGUUACACUCAGGUGAAAACUCAUGACCUGCAGAAGUACCAACCUUACCUGCCGGACACCUACCUGAGGAGAGGGCUGCUGACUGCACAGACCGACAUCUUCUCUGCUGGCGUGGUUCUGGCAGAAAUCCUGACCGGACUCAGGCCGAGCGACAAGAGCCGAGAUCCCGCCUACUUGAAAGAUCUGGUUGUGAAAGAGAUGGAUCUGGCGAAAACGUGUGCGGAAUCCGCCGGCGAUAAGUCAGAAUCCGCGGAGCACCUGUGUGCAAAGGCAAUGCUUGAGAAACACGCCGAUGCCAAGCCCGGGAGAGCGCCACCAGAGGCGGGGCUUUAUCUGGCGCUCGCCGUCUGCUUGUGUCUCACCAAGAAGAAGGUUCUGUUAUCAGAGGUCACCGCCAUGAUGGAAAAAGCACAAAACGCGCUCAAGGCCCCUUUAAGGGAGUCCAGAGAAGAGACGUCCAGCAUGAACGUCCCGGAGGAGAGCGACUUUGAGGAAUCGUUGUCCCCACGCCGCGCGCAAGGGGGGCCAUCUUGCUGGAGCCCAUCCGCAGCCUACGGAGCCCUGCACCGCCUGGAUCUGAGGACCGCGUGCCGCCAGGAAGCCGGCGGAACCCCCUGCGAGCUGGACGACUCCGGCAACUACUUGCUGUCCCCUGGGGGGGCGUGGCACGACCUAGGGGCCGAGUCGCCUUCUUGCAGUGCUCGGCCGGGACCGUGCGCCCGUGGACAUGUUGGCGACCUGCGUUCCCGGGACCUAAAAAGCCCAUCAGAGAGCGAUGACCCGUCGUGGGGGAUAGAGGUGAACGUGGCAAAAAUGAAGCUGAUGAAGGACAUCGAGCUCUACGAAGACGAGAAGGUGGACAGCUCGUUCCUGUUCACGGAAUAACAGACAAGGACACGGGCCCAUCCACUUUUGG